AAUAUUUACAGCAACGGCUUGCCAUAGACUUCCGUCCUCAGUUCUCCAGCCAGAGAGGGGUGUGGGGGGUACCGCCGCACUUUGGCUUCCCAGCUCUGGCACAGCGUCACCGGUGAAACAAGAAGACGCACUCUCGGGCCGAGCCCCGUCCGCACCCACAAAGGAGAGAAGAUGUCCGAGCCCAACAAGUACCGAGAGUGGAUCCUGGAAACUAUCGACUCUCUCCGUUCGAGGAAAGCCCGUCCGGAUCUGGAAAGGAUUUGUCGAAUGGUCCGGAGGCGACACGGGUCAGACCCAGACCGAACCAGGACGGAGCUGGAAAAACUCAUCCAGGAGCAGACGGUGCUCAAAGUUAGCUACAAGGGAUCGAUAUCGUACCGAAACGCGGCCAAGGUGCAGAGGAAAAGCAGAAAACGGAGCGAGUUCGGCGGCGGCGUGGAUACACCGAGGGAGCGGACCAAACCCGAUCAUCCGAACAACAACAACAACAACAACGGCGACAGCGCGCACAGCUUCACCGACCCGGAGGAGGGCGAGACGGAGCCGGAUCCCCGCGCCGAAACAUCAGUCGGCAGUCGAAACAAAAAGCUCCAGCCUGCCUCCAGCCCGGGUAGCGGAAACGGGUGCCUCAGUUGUGGCGCAACAACGAGCUGCGCUGUCGGGAGCGGCUGUGAAGAGGAGAAAGCAAGUGCACCGAGAGACAAGGGAUUAGGACAGCAGGGAGCGGGGGGCUGCCUGCCGCUCGGAGUCAGCCGCGGCGCGGGCACCGGAGACCGGAGUGAGGAUGUUCCGUCCGGCGGAGGAACGAAGCCCGGUCUGUCUGGAGCUGACACCCGAAGCCAAACUUACUCCGGGAGCGACAGCCAAGCCCAGACACAGAGGCAGACCGAGUCUGGCCAGCCCAAACUUCGACUCGGAGGAGGAAGCACCAAAGCAGCGCACCGCCACGCCAACUCCGAGCUGCGCGAACUGGCAGCUCUGUCCGAGAAGCCUCUCCGAGCAGCAGGAGGUGGAGGAGGAGGAGGAGGAGGUGGCGGGGGCUCCGCCGCCGCGACCCGAGGCCACGUGAAGCCGCUGGGCUUGAAGGAGAUCCUGGGCUACCUGAGCAGCCAGGAGCGGCUGUCGGAGGAGAAGCUGACCCGAGGCAAAGUCAAAGUGGUGAUGGAGCGAGAGGUGGAGAGGGGCAUGCUGCGCAGGACGCGCUGCGGGAACAUCACUCUUCCUCUGCGGGGGAUGGAGCCGGACGAGCCCGAGCCGAGUGAUUCGUCCGCCGAUAGACUUGCGAGAAGCGCACUGCAGGACAAGCGCGCAGCGAAGAAGUCCCCACCUCCAGCCCGUCCGGAGAGCGAGCCCAUGGAAACCGGCGAGGAGGAAGAGGAGGGCCAGGGAGAAGAGGAGGAAGAGAAAGACAAUGAUGAUGAUCCCAGGAGUUCUGAUGAGGAUGGAGGACUUUCCCCGGUAGCCAUGACAACCGAAGCUGGACUUGCUGAGAAAAGCGGAGAAGAUGCGGGCUUUCCGAGGGAGCUGAAGGAGGAGAGCCCUCAGCGGCAGAGGGAGGAUGGAAAAGGGAUGUGUGAGCUUGAUUUUCCUCCAGAGUCCCGCUCUCCACCUGCCGACGGAGCCUCGUGGUCUGAGUGUAACGGUGCCUCCUCCGAGGAGGGAGCAUUCUCCUCAGAUCACCUCGGCUACACACACCACGAUGAAAUAAACCUCACCACCUCGAGCUUUCGCAACUUGGAGUAUAAAACAGAGAUCGGUGCUUCGUCCUGCAUGCUCACUCCCACCGCCUCCCCGAGGGACUCCAGCCUCCCCGAGGAACGAGGCGCUAAUGACAGCAGCCGAGGGCACAUGAAGUUUGGCAGCACCAGAGUAAGCCCGGUGGACUGGACCGUGUCUGACGUGGUCAGUUAUUUCACAGCCGUGGGUUUCCCCGAGCAGGCGGCGGCCUUCAGGACCCAGGAAAUCGACGGGAAGUCUCUCCUCCUCAUGCAACGCAACGACGUUUUGACCGGCCUGUCGAUCAAACUCGGACCCGCCCUCAAGAUCUACGAGCGUCACAUCAAGGUUCUGCAGAAAACACACUUUGAGGACAAUGACUGCUGCGAUGACGCAAAAAAUACACUCAGACUGUUAUGUUAAUAUCUAAAUAUAGCUCAAGUAGUAAAGAAAGAAAAAUGCAUGUCUUUACAUUAGGUAAUAUAAGCUUUGAGAAAAGCAUCAAUCAAACACGGCUCAGCUUUUGUUUAGUCUGUGUAGGAAUUUCACAGGAUUUUCUAGGAGGAUUUUUCUACUGAAUGAAGCACAAAUGAUGGCCAAAAACAAGGUAGAAUAUCAGAACAUUUUCAUAUGAAUAGAUCAGACACAAAAAGGUAUUUUAUUUUAUUUUCAAAAAAUUUCAGCACUUUUUUUGUUUUAAUUAAUCUGUUUAAGAUAGUUUGUGUUUUUGUGCACAUCGCCUCAGAAUCCAUGUUACGUUUAAAUUUUAGGUCUGUGGUAGGACAGCUUCAUGCUUGUAAGUUUGAUUCUUCUUCAUAUGGAAGAAGCGUAGUGGAAAAACAAAAAUAGCAGCUCAGAUAGAAGCAGAUUUUUUUUACAUACCCUGAAGCUGGACUGAAGCGUCACGGUUACAUAAUUUGUGUUUAUGUCGACCCAGAGCUCAUCAGCAUAGCCAGCCGGUGUUUUCUCUCGGUUUUUUUUUAAAGGUUAUUAUUUGAGGGCUGAUGUUUUUCAUCUGCCGCCUAAAGCAUCACAUGAACAGCUGGAAACUAAAGGUCCAUAAAGUGAUCAGAUAGAAUUUGUUCUGGUCGAUUGGGCCUUUUAGAUUCUGACGUCAGGGAAUCGUUUUUGCAAAUAUACUCUUUACUUUACAUAACUUUGAUUUAUAAUUCUAAAUUAAGUUUCUGUCUGCAAAAAGGAGGAACAAAACUGCUUCAAACUGGUUGUUUUUCAAUUUUUUAUGUGUAUGCUGUUGUGACAGCUCACUAAAAAAACCCACUAGACGUUUUAAAACUAAACACUAAAAAAAAUACCAAAACCUGCAGUUCAUUAAAUGUAGGUCCAAAGCAGAACUGCAGGAACUAAAACUUGAUAUCCAAGUGUAAAAGUUUAAUCCAAAACAGAUUGAACUGAUUUUUUUAAAGCAAAUCAUCAGAACUGAAUGAUUUCCAUGAAGCAGUGCUGUCCACUUCCAGUCCUCAAAUGUCAAUGUUCUGCAUGUUUUAAAUGCUCACCUGGCUAAACAUUUCAUUUAAACAAAUUAGUCUUUAUUAAGCCUUUGCAGAACUGCUUACAGAGGUAAUUAAGCCACAUUUCCCCCAGGACUGGAUUUGGACUUAUCUAAGGGAUCAAGAGGAAUAACGCAAAGUCUCUGCAGCAGCAAACCAAUAAAUUUUCAUGGACUGAGAUAAUAUUUUCUGUUUGUCUAAUAUUUUGACUUUACAUGCAUGCGACACUCUUUAUGUAGCGAAGAAAACCGCGAUCCCGCUGUAGCUAACGAGCUGAAGUCUGCUCAUGUUCGGCACAAUUUUCAUAUGAAUAGAUCAGACAUAUGAAUCUAUUCAUCGUCUUCGCCGGUUGGUUCUUGAAAGCGUCACAACGGAAGAUUUUUGCAUUUGUCUGGGUUACACGUCCAACCCACAUUUAUUUAGUUGUUUUUGUUUAUUUUGGCUAAAAAAAAAAAAAAAAA